AUGUCUGACUUGGGUCGCCUUAUUGGGGAGAUAGGCGUUGAGGUCAAGGAGCUCACAAACCAACUUGAACUUGAGAAAAACAAUAUAUCAGGUCUUCAACAAAAACUGCUAUCACUAACUCGUGAAGCCGAAUCUCAAAAGCAAGCUAAGCAGCAGUUGGAAGAAGAGUUAAAAGGCUUAGAAAGUCUUUAUUUCGAACCGGAUGUGCAGUGUAGUAGUUCUGACGUAAGUGAGGGCAUAAGAGAACAGAUUAAAUGUCUGGACUCAGUUUUAAAUGAAAUCAAGUCCUGCAACGAGCGUAUCAGAAAAGAACGGACUGACUUAAUUUUGGAAUACAAGCAGAAGUUGGAUGACUACAAUCGACAUAUAGCCCAAAGCGAAAAACUGCAUGCCUUUAUAGAACUGUGGAAGGUUAAGUGUGCCGACAACUUUAGGCUGAAUGUUAUUCCGGAUGUGAUAAAAGAAACUGCCAAAGAGAUAUCUAGUUGUUAUGAGUCACCUCUUCAGCAGAUAUUAGAAAACGCACUAAAUGUACCUACAUUAGAGACUGAAGAAAGAGAGGACGCUGAUUCGAAAAUCUCACCUGUUCUAGAAGAAAACUGUGCUCCAAAUAUUCAAAAUGAUCGACAACUUCUUGAUCCCAUGUUUUACAAUCGACUCAAUUCACCAAACGAUAGAAAUAGUCAACUUCAGGAUUGCAGUAAUUUGGAUACCAGCCGUUUACAAAUAUCUGCCCUAGAUACUAAUAUUAUGUCUUCUUUGAACAAGAAAAAUUGCAGCUUCUCAAAUACAGCUGUUGAACAAAGAAAUACUCAAAUCGACUACACGAUGAACAUGGACGUAACAAUAUGUGGGGAGAAUGAUGCAUCAUCUUAUUAA